ACAUACUUUGUACACCGCCUCCAUCUGACAACAUAGCUCACUGCAGGCAGACAGGCAGGCCCUAGAGUGGAGUGGACAGCGAACGCGCUCCCUGUGCUCGACCACAAAACCAACAGUCAGAUAAUAACAACAAUAUAAGAGACUGACUAGGAAGAUGAUGCCAAAUAAAUCAGCUUUUUUGUCUUGUCCUUCCUUCCCUCAGGUCCCCACCACUUCCGAGAGGGGAACUUUCUGAUUGCAACAUUAUCGAAGCCCCGCCUGCAGGGAGCAGAGCUUCGUCUCCAGCAGCAUUUCCGCUGGGUCACUUUUCGUUGGGAUCAGGAGCCACUGCACAGCCUGCUGGGAAGGCACCUCCGCAAAAAGCUGCUUCACAAGAUGGGGACUGGACUUUGGUCUCCUGAUGGCGUCAUGGAGCGGUUGGUGUUGUGGGUGAGCCAGGUUUGGCAGCAGCUCAAUGCCUGCCUGUCCCGUCUGGGGACCCAUGAGGCUUUGCUGGGCCCGCAGCUCUUCCUGUCCUGCCCUGUGGUCCCAAACAACGCGCAGGCCAUUGUAAGGUGGCUGGCACGUCUCUGGAAUGCUGUGGUCGUCCCCCGUGUAGAAGAAGCCAUCAUCUCCCGGGUAACAGCCAAGCGCUCCUCCUCUUCCACCUCUCACUCUCCAGCCCCCUCAUCACAACAACCGUGUCUUAGCAACUGUGGGCUGAGUGCUGGACAACAGGCUGUGGUGAAAGCCGCUCUCAGCAUCCUGGUCAACAAGGCUGUACUCCUGGGAUGCCCCCUGCCUCGACACGAAAUCGACAGAUACCUGCUAGAGUUUCAGGGUGGCACGUUCCCUCUGUCAGCUGUUGGCCCCUAUAAAGGAAGCAUGUGCGGCGGAGGAGGUAGAAGGGGACGGGACAGUGGCAAGUUGAGACGAUCCAACACCAGCCCUCGGAAGAAGGGAAGCCCCGCCUUGAAUUGGAGCAGCAGUUCCUUCAGAGAGGGUUCUCUCUCGAGCUCUGAUGUCAGCUUGAUCUCCAAUGGCAAAGUCCAGAGACAGCCCGAAGGUCUGUCUGUUUUCUCUGAUGAUGAGACCGAUUUGAUCAGAGAACUGCAGACGAUGUGCUCCAGCAAAUCUGAGCCAGACAUCACUAAGAUCUCUCACACCAAAGAUGACAUGAUCCUGUUCUCCAGCUUGCCCAGAGAAGCAGUGCUCCCACGAAAGGCUGAGCAAGAAACUGCAGUCCAGCAACGACCACAGAUGGAAAGAACCGUCAGUCAGUCCAGCCGCAGCUCCAACCAGGCGUCUGUCCAGAGCAGCGAUCGACGAUCGGGCCCACGUGUCAAAUCACAGCUCCCCAUCGCCAGCAGCCGAGGGCAGCACACCCGCGUCUCUGCGGCCACCCCAAGCAGCAGCAAUAACAAUAAUGGCAGCAACAGCCCCAGCCGAAUCCAGACGCCCCACAGCCGCAGCAGAACUACAAACAGCAGCACCAACAGCAGAACAAAGCAGGCUCCAUCCAGCAGCAGCAGCAACAACAACUACUACAGCAACAUUGACAACAACAACCAAUCACAUGAGGAGAUCUGGAUUCUCCACAGAGACCUGCAUGAAAACAAAUAGACAUUUUCUCCCUCCUCCUCCCCACGAUUCUUCCUGUCAUGAUGUAAAGACUAAGUACCUGACAACCUUUGACUCUUAGUAUUUGUACUUGUUACUAGUACUUGUUACACUGUAAUACAGUUGUGUACUUGGGGACCAUAGUUUCAUUCUAUUACAGUAUUUGAAUUAUGUGAUUGCUUGGGGUUAAAGAAAAGUGGCUUCUCAUGUGUGGGAAACAACACAAGGUAAUGCAGCAGGUUGUUUUACUGUUGCCUUAAUUCCAGUGCAUCAACCUGCAGCAAGUACGUGACAGUAUUCAGAGACGGGUUAAGAACUGACUCACCUAUAGUAUUUAACCUGCCUCAAAACAGCCCUGGCACAGUAUUCUUGUGUACUUAAAGUGAAAUGCUGUACUUCUGAAGCCACUGAGUGUUUUUGGAUCAAAGAAGGAAAAAGCAGGUUUUUUCUCUUUCUUUUGUUUUUGAUCUUUUUUUCUUUGCUUUCUUUUGGGUAUUAAGUAUUUUGAAAUAUUCACGUGUUUUAUCUUUAAAUAGUUGCAAGGUUGGUUAAAAUACUGUUGAAAUUAAUCAGGGUUUUACCAAAUAUUUGUACAUAAGAAUUAGUAAGUCUAAAUGCUCUAUAGAUCGGUGUAUGUGGUAUGUGGAUGCUUGUACAGUGAUAUAAAUCUUAAAGCAAAACAGCUGAGAAAAACAGGCUACUUGUAUAUAGUGUUUGUAAAUUGAGUUUUGGUUCUGAGCCCUUCACUUGUUUCAUAGUGAAGGUGGUUGUGGCAAUAAGUAAUAGAACUGUAGAAAUACAGGAUGUCCUCUGUCAAUUGUAAGCCAUAAUAAAUAUUUUCAAAGCUCAUCAGUUACCCUGACUCGUGUUCAGCUGAUCCCCAACUCUGUAAUUCACUUUUUAUUCACGCUUCCCAUUAUUACUGUGUGUGUUUUUAUUUUUAAGGACAUGUUUUAUCGGAAGCGUUUAUGUACAUAUAUAUAAAUAUAUCUAUACAUAUGUACAGGAGAGAUUUUAGGCAACAUAUGAUUUUGAUCUGUACGAUAGCUGUUUGAAGUUUAAAGAAUUGUCUUUUUUGUCAAGCACAAAAAUUAAACACAGCACUGUCAAAACCCC